AAAACAAUGGAGGCGCAAACAGAUCAUCCAUGGGAGAAGUUUAUUCAUUUCUAUUUUAGUAUUGGCCUGACAUAUAAAGACAUCAAAUCCGUACUUGGAUGUAGACAUGGAUUCGACAUUAGUGAGAGACAUUUGAAAAGAUUACUCAGGGCGAGGGGACUUUCUCGUCGUAAAGAAUACAGUGAUCUUGCGGUCCUGGUGGAAUUCAUCAGUAACGAGCUACAGUUCUCUGGUCAGCUUCAUGGGUACCGGUGGAUGUACGCAAAGUGCAGAGAGCAUGGACUACUCGUUAAGAAGGAGGAUGUGAGGUUGGUGCUGAAGGAGCUAGAUCCUAGAGGAGUUUCUUUAAGGCAAGCAAGACGCCUAAGACGACGGAGCUACUUUUCGAGAGGGCCUAACUUCAUUUGGCACAUGGACAGCUAUGACAAGCUGAAGCCAUAUGGCUUUUGUAUCAACGGAAGCAUUGACCGUUUUUUGAGAAAAAUCAUCUGGCUUAAUGUCUAUACCACGAGUAGUGACCCCAAGUUGAUUGGGGGUUAUUACGUUGAUGCAGUCCAACGUUUAGGGGGCUGCCCUAGGAUUGUGAGAGGCGACUUAGGGACUGAAAACGGCCAUGUUAGAGGCUUUCAGCGGUUCCUCGUCCCGUUUCAUCCAGACGGCACUGCUGAUAGCUACCUGGAGGGAGCAAGCACCGCCAAUCAGAGGAUCGAGUGUUGGUGGGGUUUUCUGCGAAACCAGUGCGUGGAGUUCUGGAUAUCCUUGUUUGCAGACAUCAGAGACACUGGAUAUUUUGACGGCGGGUUUCUGGACAAGGCUAUCCUUCAGUUUUGUUGCAUGGGACUGAUCCAGGAUGAACUGGAGGACACUGUCCAAGUUUGGAAUGCACACACCAUCAGACCAUCGAAAAACAUCAGUGUCCCCAGUGGUAGACCGAAUGUGAUGUAUGCCUUGCCUCAACUCUAUGGGACCAGAGACUUUCUAUCCCUUGUUGAAGAUGAACAUAUUCAGUUGUGCAAAGACGAAUGUGUUUUUCGGCAGCUGAUACCAUGUGAUCCAGAUGUGUAUGGACUAUGCAACAUCUUAAUGUCGGAGUCACAUCUGACUCUACCAAGAGAUCCAUUUCAGGCUGUGAACCUGUACAGGCACCUAAGAGAGGCCAUCACUUCAGCUAUUUAA